AAAAAAAUUAUAAAAAACAAAAAAACAAAAUUUUGUACCACAAUUUAAAAACCCACAUUUGUGUGGCAUAGUUUGAGAUAACCUUUCCCAAAUCUUUCCUUCCCAAAUCCACUUCUUCCCGAUCAAAAAUCUCUCACCAUUAACACAUUCAUCUUCUUAUUCAUCCAUCAUCUAACACAUAGAAAGCUCAACAAUCACCCAUGGCUAACAUGCUAAUGGCUUGUUCUUCCAAAUCUCUCCCAACUCCAUCAAUUCCCACAACCCACAAACCCAAAUUCUCCCCCCUUGAAAACCCACUUCUCAAAUUCCCUUCUCUACAAAACCCACUUCUCAAAAACCUCAACUUCUCUCUCCUCAAAUCUGCCGCCAUUACAGCUGCUCCACUCUCUCUCUCUUACCUUCUUCCUCACCCUUCUCUUGCUGAAGAAAUCGAAAAGGCUUCACUCUUCGAUUUCAAUCUUACACUCCCAAUCAUAAUGGCUGAAUUUCUUCUACUUAUGUUCGCUCUUGACAAAAUUUACUUUACCCCUUUAGGAGAUUUCAUGGAUCAACGUGAUUCCGCCAUUAAAGAAAAGCUUGCUGAUGUUAAAGACACUUCCUCUGAAGUUAAACAACUUGAAGAACAAGCUAAUGCUAUCAUGCGCGCUGCACGAGCUGAGAUUUCUGCUGCUUUGAAUAAGAUGAAGAAAGAAACACAACUUGAAGUUGAGGCUAAAUUAGCUGAAGGUAGAAAAAAAGUUGAAUCUGAGCUUCAAGAAGCUUUGGGUAGUUUGGAGAAGCAAAAAGAAGAUACAAUUAAAUCUUUGGAUUCCCAAAUUGCUGCUCUUAGUGAUGAAAUUGUUAAGAAGGUUCUUCCUGUUUCUUGAUUUUGUUAUAUUUUUGGGUUUUGAGAAGUAGUUUGGUGUUUUUGUAAGUUUUAUAUUUAUAUUUCAAUAUUUGUAUGUGAAUGAAUGGAUAUAGUAAUGGUAUAAAUAAUACAAUGCUCUACUUUUGGAA